AUGAUUUGCGAUCCACGACGCCAUGCAUCUGCCCUUGUCAAGGCAUGGACGUCUCACGCCUCGUCUCAACAACGAAGUGGUCGAACUGGUCGCGUGUUUCCAGGUGUCUGUAUUCGCCUCGUGACAUCGUCUUUUUAUCAGAACUGCUUGCGAGUCUUUGACCUCCCCGAGAUGCAGACGGCCCCUCUCGAUAAACUCUACAUCACCGUUGCUCAUCUGACAAAGAGGCUAAAUGCCAUUGCACAGGCAGCCAAUCCUAUGUCUCCCACGGGAAGCCAGCGAAAUACAGCCAUACCACAACGGACAGACAGGCACAAUACGAUACAAGAAUGCAUGCGAACGGGAUCUCUAACCCCAUCGCAGCUGCUACUUUUGACUGUACAGCCACCUCCCAUGUCUGCCCUUGCUGCAGCGCAGGAUGGCUUGCGCGAGCAAGGAGCUCUCGAUUCGAAUGGCGAGAUCACACGACUGGGUUAUCUGAUGAUGCAGCUGCCUAUCGACGUGCGCCUAUGCAAGCUGGUAUUCUUGGGAAUCGUCUUUGGCUGCCCUCUGGACGCCGUCGUGAUGGCUAGCUGCCUGUCGAGCACAGAUCUCUUUGCCUUCCCCGCAUUGAUGCUGCUGCAGAGACACUCCAAAGCCUCAGCAGGGCUCGAAGCUGCGCUGCAGCUGCAGCAGCAACUCAAGACACGAGCACUUUUCGAUGGGGGACAGUUUUCAGAGCCAUUAAUGCUCAGGAACUGUUUUGUGGAAUUUUUGCUUCAUUUUGCGGCUUCGACCGCAGAGUUGCGUGGGCGGCUCGCCAGGCAAGCGGCUCCAAGUCGCUCGCGUCGCUUAGAACUCAAUAUGAAGGUAGAAUACAACAGAGCAGCCCGCGAGUUUGGACGCAUUCAUGCGGUCUUGCCAAAGCGGCUGGUGCAAACUACGCUGCUUUGUUGCGAUCUCUGUCAGCGGGUUAUAAAGCUGCUCGAUGCAUCUUCGGCAGCCUACAAGAACCUGCAAUUUCUGCUUAAAUUGUUGCAAGACGGUAGUAUUUUUACACCGCAUCUGCAGCAACAGUCCCAAGGAAGAGCUGCUGGAGACACGCAACUGCAGAAACAACCACACCAGCAGCAGCAGCAACCGCAGCAGCAGGAAUAUGCACUGCAACACACACUACAGACUCAGCUGCAACAAACAGAAACAACAGACUUCACGAGUGGUGUGUCUUAUGACCCAGCAGCAGCAGCAGCGGCAGUUGAAGCGCGCUUCUCCUCUGACGCACUGCUGCUCAAAACUCUCCUGGCAGCGUCAUUCUCUCCCUCAUUCAUGCUUGGCAAGGUAAAAAAUUGCAUUGACGGCCAGCAGCUCUCCGAGAUGCCGACAAAGGCGGAUUCUGAAGCUCCCGAAGGUUCAACGGCUGUCUUUAGCUGGCUGGUGGAUCGCGGCGUUGAUCUCUCGCGUUGUCUCUUUUUCAACAAGACGUCCAGCCUUGAGAAGGUGUCUCAGAUUCAUGCCGCCCUUGCGGCUGUGUUGCCAGGAGUUGACUUUGUGUUGCUUUUUACCGGAGAUCCUAGUUCUCCGUAUCUUUGCAUAAAGGCUUCUUCAGCUGCAGCGGCAGAGGAUCCUGCAGUGGCUGCGCUCGCGUCGCACCGACCCCCGGAGUGUCUGUACUCCAGCCUCAUUUUGUAUUUGCCUCCAACACCUCGGAACGAAUGUUUUCACUUCGACCAUCGCGCAGCUGCAGUCGCUGCCGUGGAGUACAAGCAGCAGCUGCGAACACCCCCGACAGCAGCUGCAGUGGUGAAGCAGCAGCAGCAGCGGCAGAAACGGAUCGAGCAGCUGCGCAGUGCGCGCUUCCAGCGACGUGGAGGCGAAAGCGGAGAUGAUGACAGAAGAAAUGCGGCUGAUGAACGCCUUGACGAUGCAGGGGGCUGCGGGUGUAUCGACAUCGGCGUGCCUUCUCUUCACGACGUCUCGGACCUUAAACAAAUCAACGAACGUGUCGCACAAGCUGAACAAAUUCGAGGAAGGCAUAUCCAGCCGUGCAGACUCUUCUCUUCCCUCCCCGCAUGCGCGCAGCUGAUCAAUCAAUUCGCAUGCGGACGCUGGAAGUUCACGUUGCCACUUCCCAAACCGCAAACGCAAACAGAUGUGGAUGCUGUCGAUCUCUUCAGAAGGGUGUUAGUUGCUGCUUCCAUGACGGAUUUGUACGCUACGGGUGCCUCUUGGAUUGCUCCGUCUUCGGGUGGCGCCCUCGCGUCUUUCGCGUUCUUUUUUACUGUUUUGCGCCUUGUGAUGAUUGACACGAUGCGAUUUUUCGCUGAAUGCUGCCGCAGCGGCUCCUCCGUUCCUACAAUGUUCGAAGUCAUGCGGCCUAUGUCGCCCUUUGGAGUCACUUGGUAUUUUGUCGGUCCGCAAGAGUCGGUAUCUGGCAACAGCGGCGCUGCGGCGGGAAAGUCAGGGAAGGCAGUCAAAGUUCAGGGAAUCCUCAGCUACAGAAGCCCUAUGGGAGUUCUCAGUGUAUGUCCAGAGGCAGUCAAAACAAGUGCAGGAAGAUCGAGAGUGUUCAAGCAAGUAGGCAGGGGGAAGGGUGCAGCAACAGCAGCAGCAGCAGCAGCAACAGCAGCAGCAGCAGCAGCAACAGCAGCAGCAGCAGCAGCAGCAGCAUCAUAUUCCCCUUGGUCCUCCCCACCAACAGAGCGAGCAACAUUAUCAGCACGGCUUGCAAUCAACCUGCGAGAUGGCGUGGUGCCUGCUGCAACUGCAGAUAGAGACGCUGACCCCCCAGAGAACGUGCAGACGCAUGCGACAGGAAAGGAAAUACUGGCUGCUGCGGCAGCUGUGGGUUGCCGGGGAGGGCAUGCAACACAAUGUUGUGAAAGAGCAUUCAGAAGAAACAUGGCUCCUUUUACUGCCCUAAAUGAGGUGUCUAGACACCGACCUAAAACGCCUACUCCACACGCAGCCUGCGCGAGCUCCCCCUGGCUGCCGGGGAGGGAAAGUGCUGCCGCUGCAGCUUCUAAGCGUAGAAGAUCACGCAAGCGACUCCGAGCAGCUUUUUGCGAGCCGGUAGCUCGCUCUCUGCAUUGCGAGCCGACAGACACACACGCCAGUUUCACUGGGGAUUUAAACUGCCAAAAAAGAGGGGAUAUAUACACAUUCGUGCAAAAAUCCCUCAUGCCAGAGAGGGUAUUGCGGGCACCAACACCAGCCUCGCCGCGCAAGGCUGCAGCACAAAGGGCCGUUCUUGCAACAUCUCGUGGGAUCGCGAGACUAACGGGCAAGUCCUACAGCCAUGAUGUUAGCGACAGUGGCAAAGAUGUGUUGGGAGUGGGUAGCUGGCGCUAA